UUAAAACCCCAUUUACUCUCUCUCUCCUAAUUUCUCUUUCUCCGUCUCUCUCUUUUUUUCCUUUCAGAGAACAAACGAAGAAAGAUCAAACUUCCUUUCUAGGUUAUCAUGGCAACCAAUAUAGGGAUGAUGGAUCCUGCUUAUUUUGUUGGUAGAAAUGAGAUCCUGGCUUGGAUCAACUCUACUCUCCAUCUUAAUAUCUCCAAAGUUGAAGAGGCUGCUUCUGGAGCAAUUCACUGUCAAUUGAUGGAUUCAGUACAUCCAGGGAUUGUCCCUAUGCACAAGGUUAAUUUUGAUGCAAAGAAUGAGUAUGAUAUGAUCAACAAUUAUAAAGUUCUUCAAGAUGUUUUCAAUAAACUCAAGAUAAACAAGAACAUUGAGGUGAGCAAGCUGGUGAAGAAAAGACCUCUUGAUAACUUAGAGUUUAUGCAGUGGAUGAAAAGAUACUGCGAUUCUGUUAAUGGCGGAACUAUGAUGAACAGUUACAAUCCCUUCGAAAGAAGGGAAGCUUGUAAAGGUGGAAAGGAAGUUGGUAAGAGGACUGCACAGACCCACCAAGCGUCAUCUAGACCUUCUACGGCUCCCUCCAAAUCACAGUCUUCUCACAACACCCGAAGGAAUGAUGGAUCUUCCAACAAUACUAAUCCAACUAUUAAGGUGGCCAGACCCACCUCCAGUGACGGCCCUGCUUAUGAUGAAAAGAUUACUGAGCUGAAACUGUCGGUGGAUAGUCUUGAGAAGGAGAGGGACUUCUACUUUGCAAAGUUGAGGGACAUUGAGCUUUUAUGCCAGUGUCCUGAGAUUGAAGACUUGCCAGUUGUUGGAGCGAUACAAAGAAUACUUUAUGCUGCAGAUGAAAGCACCUCAGUGGUGGCUGAUGCUCAAGCCAUGAUAUCUCAGCAACAGAAGCAACUUGAGCCCUUGAGUCCUAUUUCAGAGGUGUCAGACGAAAAACCAAAGUCAGACACUCAGAAGAGAAAGAAUAUAUUAACCAUUGAGGUCGACAAUGUUGCUAACUCAGCGUUAUCACCAAGACAUAGGAUAUCAGAUGCUUCUGAUGUUCACUGCAGUGGCUCUCUACUUAUGUCAUACUGAUCAACACCCUGUAAUCGGGGUUGAACUAUUGUUUUCUUUCUAUAUAACCUUAAUGGUGUGGUGAAUUAGGUUCAUAUAUGUUCAUUUUGUUAGUUUGUUUUCCCAUCUUGGGAAGCCAUAUGCCAGUUAGAGCUAGGAUGUGGUUCUUCUCUGUUGUCCUUUUUUACUUGUAUGUGAAACUAGUAGGUUGCUGUUAUACUGAGACAACAUAUUUCCUAUAAAUUUUGCUAGUGCUGCCUAUUGUUUCAACUAA